AUGAAGUUCUUCCACCUCUGGGCGGCGUCGAUCGCUCUGAGCACUGCAACGGCCAGUCUGGUAAGCUCUGACUUCCAGAUCGACAUCGACGACACGACUGGUGCACUCGUAGGUCUACGAGACCCUCAAGCCAAUGCGUCGUCCAUGAGCUGGGUCGGGUCACCCACAAAUACCCCCUGGCUGCCGCUUGGGAGCCGAUGGGGGCUUGGCUUUGCUGAUCUGGGCGCUGAUUUCCUCCAUCGAUUCUACUGGCAUGAUCCGCAGAAGUCUGCCAGCAACAAUAAAGCGAGCCAUGCUGUAUCCUACACCGCUGGACCCUUGAGGUUAGAUGUCGAUCGGUAUCUGAGCGACGACGGGUCUUUCACGGAAAAAUAUACGUUCGUCAACAAGGGAAACGAGUCCCUCAACCUGGCAGAGACCAAGAGCCAUGCUAUCGCAAUUUACACACCGUUUAAUGACCACUACACCAAUACUUCGGACUCCAUACACCACCGCGCGCAUGCACACGUAUGGGCUAAUGGCGGAGCGAAUGCAUGGGUCAAGAUGGAUCAGAUGGGUGGACUGGGACGCAAUCUUGGACUCGUCCUGACAAAGGGCUCAUUAUCCGGUUACAGUAUUGAGUCCCGCGACAUUGUUACCAUGUCAAACACCAGAGGGGUCUUCCUUUUGCAUCCCAAUAUUCCGACGCUUGAGCCAGGAGAAUCUGCGACAAUUGAGUGGACUCUGUUCUGGCACAGCGACUGGGAGGACUUCUUCGACCAGUGUGCUGAACGGUCUGAUCAGUUCAUUCGAUUUGAUAUUCCAAGCCACACUCUGAUUCAAGGCGAGGAAAUAACGAUCAACAUGACUGGUGCCGUUAGUGAAAAGACUUUGGUGGAUGGAAACUCGGUUUCUUGCAACAAGGGUACUUGUCAAUACACCGUGUCCGCUGGCUCCAACGGCCAGAAAGACAUACAGAUCUCUACGCCGACAGAGAAUGGUCUUCAAAACUCGACCAUCUUCCUCAACACGGUACCGGGGCUGGACGACUUGGUGACUUCAAGGGUGAAUUUUAUUAUCCAAAACCAACAGGUCGGUGGAGACCGCGAGAACCCCAACUUCGGCGGCUAUGCUGUAUACGACACACAAGCAGAGUCAAUUGCCUUCUGGGAUACAUCCUCAGAUCGCACGACAGGUCAAGAGCGCCUCGGCAUGGGCAAUCUGAUCAGUCGCUAUCUGGCCUCUCACCCGAACGCUACCGCCGUGCGAUCUUCUCUUCAGACGUAUUACGAGUUCGUCAGCCUGAAGCUGCAAGGUGAAAAUGGCGAGGUGUAUGGUAAACCACAAGGUGCAGGAAGCAGCAGGGAGCGCCUUUACAACUGGCCAUGGGUCAUCCAAUUCCAUCUAGCUGUUGCAAAGCUGGGUCUCGAACUUUCGGGCCCCGUAGCUGACAAGUCACCAUUGGAGCGCUUCAUGCUGACGCUUGAAAACUUUUACGAAACGGGUGGAAGAGAGCUGUACGCAAUUGGCCUACCGAUAUUCGAGUCUCUUCAAUUUCUAAAAGAGUCAGGUCAUGAUGAGUACUACAACAGAGCCCUAGAGCUUUUCCUUGACCAUGGAGAGUUUAUCCUAGAAAGAGGUCUCGACUAUCCGCCAUUCGAGGUCAACUUCGAGCAGUCCAUUGUCGCACCGGCUGCCGUCAUGAUGCUCGAGCUUUAUCGUGCUACGGGAAAUCAGACCUGGCUUGAGGCUGGGGAGCUGCAACUCGACACUUUGCUGCGGUUUCAAGGAAAACAGCCAGAUUAUCGCAUGAAUAGCAUUGGAAUCAGACAUUGGGACGGAUACUGGUUCGGCAAAGACCGCAACUGGGGCGACACAUUUCCGCAUCACUGGAGUACCAUUGACGCAGUCGCCUUGUACCACUACGCAAAGGCCACGGGAGAUGAAGCCUAUCGGAAGCAUGCUGACGAGAUUGUUCGGAACAACUUGGCUCUGUUCUCGCCAGAUGGAACUGCUGGAUGUGCUUGGAUUUAUCCGCUGACGGUCAAUGGCCGAGAGACGCACUACAGGGAUCCAUAUGCCAAUGAUCAAGACUGGGUUCUCAAUCAUCUGCUGUAUAUAAACAUGAUGGACCUGGAAAGCACCUCCUAA